GGAGGGACCAGGAGGGCAGGACCCCGGGAGCCUAGGACCUUUCCAAGAAACAUGAGGAGGUCACAGACAUAAAUAAAGAGGGAGGAGAACAGGGGGCCCAAGAUGCAAGACUGAGACAAAAGGAGCUCUCCCAGAGCCAUUCAAGAGAUGGUGAAGAAGAACCCUGCUCAACGUGGAACAACGCAUCUUACGAAAGGUGGGAUACUAAAGGUACACCACAAUUUUUCUAAGUAAAAACAUGUAUAUGGGAUAUCAUUUUUAAAAAAGAGAACAUUCAGAAAAAUUUAAAUAGUGGUAUGGAAUGAAAGCUGUAUUAAACAUUUUAUUUUCCCUAGUAGAAUUAAAACCCAGUAAAUUAUUAUUGGGAGAGUAUAAUAUAAAGAUUAACAAGCAGUUUCAAAACAAGCAUCGUGGCAGAAAGACCAGGUAUGUUUCCCUGUUUGCUCAGCAAUUUUGAGAUGGGAGGACUCACUGGGUCCCCAGCCCAGCACAGUACUGAGGUCAUUACACUGAGGUUUACUGUGUGUGAGUGACGCUGGCAGGAUCCAGAGGUGGGCUGGGAACUCUGCUGCCCUGCAAUGGCUGACUGUCAUGCAGGAGUGGCAAUGAACUGGCACACCCAAGGAUGAGAGGACGGCUGUGAUAAACACCCCUGCCGGUGGAGGGUAUGGUCUCAGCCCAGGUGGGUGGAGCGCAGGUAGGGCCAGGCUGGAGCACCCACCCCCAGGGAGGAGGUGUCUGGGGAAGUGGACAAGGGAGGGGUGUGGGGCGAGGCCUGCUGGGGUGUCUCCUUUUCCUGCCAUAGGAGCAAGUGACCUCCACAGGGUGACACUGGGAGCUGGAAUAGGAAAGCCAUGCCUUAAGGAAGUCAUUCAGGGAUGACAAUGGAAGCCUCAUUUCUAUGUGCCAGGUGCUGUCCCCAGCACUGGUGGGGUGACAGCACUCCAGGCCAGACACAGCUGACUCUUGACAGCGCCUGCAGUUUACCUUGGCUCAGGUCCAGAGAGUUCGGGCCCAGCCUGGGGCGGCCCCCACCUCUCCACCUUGCUACCCGCCCCUUCUCCAGCGCAAAGAGCAGUUUAAAUAUAAAUCAGUCCUCAGCACAAACAGAGCCUCGGCGAGUCUCAGAGCCAUCACCGGAACUGAGGGCCCAGGUUUGUGGCGGCGAGUGCAAACAAGCAGAGACUGGCUCCGUAAAUCUCCCGAGCGCGUCGGGAGGGGUGCCGGGGUUCACCUCCGCUACAGAAUCCCCAGCUCCCUUGCACCUCCUCCAGCGCCCUGUCGGACCCCCUCCCACAUCCCCUGCCCCAGAUCUGGACCCUAGUCCUGCCAACUGUUCCCCAGUCCCCUCUAAUCACUCACUCACCCACUGGUCCCCAUCGCGCUCACCCUCACUUCUCCAGUCCCCAGGCUCCCCAAACCCCUGCAGCCUCCUGCCCCCUCCAACUAUCACCUCCCCUCCCCGGCCGGCCCCGCCCCCCCCACCUCCUCCGCCUCACAGCAGGUGGGACUUUUCUCCUGGAGCGGUCAAGCCUCGCGGGUCCCCGCGGCGUCACACCUGUCUAAGGGGGUGGCAGCGGCGCCUGGGGGCGGGGGCUCGCAGCGCCUUUGACACCCGAGAAAAAGAGGGAGGAGGGAGAGCGCGUUUCAUCAUCGGCAACUGCCGCGGCCACUUAUAAAAACUUCUGGGCGCGCAGUCUCUCACUCAGUCUCCGCG